AAAGGGACAAGGCUUUUCUCUUCCGGUCUCUUUGGCCUCGGCGGCAGAAGCAAGAUGACGAAAGGAACGUCAUCCUUUGGAAAGCCUCACAAUAAGAUGCACACGUUGUUCCGCCGCUGUGGCUACCCUGCUAAGCACAAGAGAAAGUAUAACUGGAGUGCCAAGGCUAAGAGGCGAGGGAUUGGGCGGAUGAGGCACCUAAAAAUUGUCUAUCGAAGAUUCAGACAUGGAUUCCGUGAAGGGACAACACCUAACCCCAAGAGGGCAGCGGUUGCAGCAUCCAGUUCAUCUUGAGGAUUUCAGUCAGUCAUAAAAAUAAAAUGUUCUGGUUUCAAAAACGAAAAAAAGAAAAAGAAAGGGACGAAGCAUGGAAAACAGGAAACAAAUGAUUUGGUGGGGGGGGGUCUUCUCAUUAGUUAAUCAAAGAAUGGAUGGCAAGAUUGAACAAGAAGAAUAAACAUACUCCUGGAGCAUUGCUAUAGCAGCAAGAGCUGCUUUCUCCAAAGAAGGAAAUAUAAUUUAUAAAAACUGAACCAAAUAGAAAUUCAAAAUACAUUUUUCAAAUGAUAAGUAAA